AUGACAGGCUCUCCAGCAACUCUCAGACCAGCAGUCCUGUUCAUUUAUGACCUGUCUGUCAGUUUUCUCCUCAAGAAAGAGGACAGCAGGGAUGAGGGCAAUGAGAAGGACAGUGAGGGCCCCUUCCACCUCAAACAACUUAUGGAAUAUGCUGAUGAAGACACUGAUGAAGAAGCACUGAAAGAAGAGAUGAAACAGGAGAGAGGAAAAGAAUAUCAAGGAUUAUACAAGCAGAGGAUACUCUUUUUAUGGAGGGAUGCCCACUGGUGGGCCAUGCUCUUAGGACUAAAGUAUAAAUACACAGUUGACACUGAAAAAUGA